AUGAAUGGCAGUGAUAUUAGUGAAUAUUUGCCAUCGCUUCUAAAUCCCCGUUCGAUAAAGAAAUCUUGUAAUUUAAAUCUUACUCAGAAUUCUACACUUAGUCGCACCUCAUUAUCGCUGAAAAGAUUUAAUGUUGGAACCAAGCAUAAAGAAAACCGAAAGAAGGACAAAGAAAAUGUGAUACUUAAAUGCAAUAUAACAACUCAAAGAAUAGCAAAUAAACAAAAUCUUAGUUUUUCUACUAUAGAAGAUUUAAACUGUACUAAAGAUUCAACUACAGAAUUUAGUUGUGAUGACACAUUAUAUGAUAUAACAAAUAAUUUACACACAACUGCUUAUAGUAAACUUAAGAAUAUCAAUAAUAAUAAUUUUAAAAUGACUACAAAAGACAUUAUUGAAGUUUUUAAAUGUGAAAAAGAGAUAGCCACAGACAAAUCAAAAAAAUUAAAAAGAUCAGCAGUUUCUGACAACAUAGAAAAGAAAAAAGCAAAAUUGUCACCUCCAGCCAUAGAAGAAAAUAAAAUUCUUAUUUUGAACACAAGUGAUAGAAAAAAGCUGUCAGAUGUCAUAGUUCAGCCAACAAAUUAUAAAUUGAUUAAAGAGAAAAUUAAAGAGAGAAAUAAACUUGUAGCUGCUACGAGGAACUCUCUUAAAUCUUAUGGACUGAGGAAUGGGAAUAAUCUAAAACAACAGUGUAUCAAUUCAUAUUUUAGUUGUCGGUCAAAAGUCUCGGAUGUGGCGUCAGAUCAAAAGAAUGGUGCAAAUUUAACAAGGCAGAAAAUUGCACAUAAUGCGUCGCAUGACAUGAGUAAGAAUUUGUGUAUCACUGCGACGAGACAAGAUGUUGCCCAACCGAGUAAAAAGAAGAAUGAAAUUGUCAAGACACCGAGGAAACUUUCACAUAGGUCCAUGUCUCCUCGAAUGGAGACAAGAGAAGAUCUCCAAUCGCCUAAAUUAAAGAAUGAGAGAGUUGGGUCCUAUUCACCGAGAAAAGUUGUUGAGUCUUUACAGUUCAAUUUACCAACAAAGUCAAGAUCAAAUAAAACAUCAACUGUCACCAAAGUUAUACCACACUAUAAAAUUGUAGCAGGGACACAUUUUGCAGUCGACGCAUUUUGUUACGGCGAGAUCGCGAAUGUGAAACAUUAUUUCUUAACUCAUUUUCAUUCUGAUCACUAUUCGGGGCUAAAAAAAAGCUUUAACAAAAUGCUGUUUUGUUCGAAAAUUACAGCGGAUUUAUGCAUAUCACGAUUAGGAGUUCCCGUGAAAUGUAUUCAUAUAAUGAACGUUGAUGAGCCAAUUAAAAUUGAUGGGGUCGAAGUUACAGCCAUUGAUGCGAACCAUUGCCCUGGUGCAAUAAUGUUAAUCUUCACACUGCCUAGUGGCAAAAGCAUGCUACACACUGGCGACUUUAGGGCUUCACCGAUAAUGGAAUCCUAUCCUGUUUUCUGGAAUAAAGAUAUCCAUACUGUAUAUCUGGAUACAACAUACUGCAACCCGAGAUAUGAUUUCCCUACACAAGAUGAAAGUUUGGAAAUGGCGUUAUACCACCUUCGACAGAAGAAGGCUGCCCUGGAAACGGCCAAGAAGAAGUUCUCGUCUGUCCUUAUCGUUUGCGGGACUUAUACGAUUGGUAAGGAGAAAUUCUUUCUGGGAAUGGCGCGUCGGGUGGGUUGUACUGUAUGGGCUUGUCCAGAGAAGGACCGAGUCCUCCAAGCGGUGGAGGGGCGCAGCUUUAGCCACGCUCCACCGCAAUCGUGCCAACUUCAUGUAGUUCCUAUGAGAGAUCUUACGCAUGAGAAGCUACGGAGCUAUUUGGACAGCUUGCAAGGGGCGUUCACAGAAAUAGUCGCGUUUAAGCCAAGCGGUUGGGAAAAUGGAAGGAACUCUUGCGUCGAAAAGGACUCUGUUACGAUACAUGGUAUACCAUACAGUGAACAUUCCAGUUUUUCCGAAAUGAUUCGCUUUGUUAAGUUUUUGAAACCAAAGCAAGUGAUUCCAACCGUCGACAUUACUGGCGGCAUCAAGGCUGUGCAGAAAUACUUCCCGUGCCCCCUGAUAUACAAGGAAGAUUUGCAGAAUCAGAGCAAACUGACGGAUUACAUUAGCAUACAGUGUCGACACCAGCCCGCCAUAACCUGA